AUCCCUUAGCGUAUUCCUACCUACACCAUCAAUCAGUCUCCAGCCUACUGCCAUAUCUGGUACCUAGACUACCCGAGCCCUCCAUAGUCUAUCACAGUACAGAUGGCGGGGAUCCAGAUCAACAUCACCUGCCCCGUAUUCCUCGCAAUCACACACGCAUAGGGCGCACACCACAGCUCCCUUGUCGCCAUGACGUACAUCUCCAGACAUCCUGUAUAUAUAUGAUAUCCGUCCCUCCUGCUCCCUAAAUACCAAAUACACAGCAAAGCAAAAUAGACCCACCUCCCACACUCCUGUAUACGGUCACCCAUCUUCCAUCCAAACAUCCAAUCUCCAAACAUCCAACCUCCAAUCCCAACACCAUGACACCCCCUCCCCGGCCCCCCCCAAACCACAUAUCCGGCUCCUGCCUCUGCCGCAGCAUCACCUACACCCUCUCCUUCCCCUCCGACUCCACCCCCUGGCCCCCAACCGUCCAAUCCUGCCAAUGCACCAUGUGCCGCAAACACACGGCCUCGCUCCUCCCCAUCUUCCUCGUCCUGCGGCCCUCGAGCGGCCAAAUCGCCCCCUGGCCUCUCGACGCCGAACGCCAUCUGGGAAAAAACACCACGUACACCGAGUACGCCAGCUCGGAGAAUGGAUUGAGGGGGUUCUGCUCCCGGUGCGGGAGUUCAUUGCUUUUCAGGAAUCGACGGCAGGAUGCAGGGGAUCAGAAAGAGAGGGAGAGUCAGGAGACGAUGGAUCUGUUUGUCGGCACGCUGGAUGAGAAGUGGCUCGUCGAUGACAGGGAGAUGGCAAAGGCGCUGGCUACGCCGAAUGAAUUGCAGUUCUGGUGCAAACAUGCCGUCCAAGGGGUCACGGAUGUCGUACGCGGAGGGACGAGGCUCGAGACUGUGAGAGGGACGGAGAUGGAUUGAGUGUGGAUUACGACAAGGGCGAAGAAGGGGAGAAAAGAAAAAACGAAGUCAUAGUGACUAGUUUGGUAGAUUACAGGUACACCCAGCUCCAAACAACGCCACAAAGGAAUGUGAUGCACUAUCCGCAAUCCCAUCACGUCACAACACCAGAACCAGCAUGCAGAAAUCUGUAGAUUUUGCGAAGCGAGACAGCACUGUCA